AAACGCAUCGGAAAUACUUCUGGUCAGAAAGGCGGAUCCCCACUACCUGCUACUUUGUCUUUCUUAAGUUUUUAUGAAUCUUCUUCCCCUGCUUCCCAUCGGCAAAUUUAUCGUAACCACAGCUACUCUUUGAAAGAUUAAAACGACACUGUUAUUAGUAAAGUUCUUUAUACUUUCUGCGACCACAGGAAGUGUUUGGAGCUCCACCGUUAGCUUCCUAGCCUGCUAACUUUUAUCACUAGCAUUUAACUUGUCAACUACCCUGCUGCUCGACAGGGAAGAAGGGGACACACCGUCACGUAGCGAGUGGCACUUUUAUACACAAGAAGAUGAGUGAUAAAGGGGAUGAUAAAGAAUUGAUCUGGGCGCUGAAGACUGGGGACUUAGACGAAGUUGAAGCAAAAAUCACAACGGCUGAGGAUGUAAACAGAACUCUGGAUGGUGGCAGCAAGCCUCUGCACAUAGCUGCAGACUUUGGUCACUUACAAGUAUUGGAUUUCCUGAUUUGUAAAGGAGCCGAUAUUAAUGCUGCAAACAAGCAUGGGCUCACUCCUCUGCUGAUGGCUUGUUACGAGGAUCACUACAGUUGCGUCAAGCUCCUCCUAGAAAAGGGAGCUGACAAAAACCAAAAAGGACCGGAUGGCAAAAGUGCCUGUGAAGCAAGCAGCAACGAAGCCAUACAGGCUCUGUUCAAGUGAAACACCACAAUGUGGGAGGUGGCUGGACAGGUGGAUGAACAGACAGACAGAUGGAUGCAGUGGUCCCCUGACUGAAGAUAGACUCACCCUUUCACCUUGAUCAACCUCUGUCUGAACACUGCUUUUGUCUGUUUGUUAGCAAGGAUUAUUUUCUCUGUCUGGUGAUUUCCUUUUCCUUUCUUUUCUUUUUUUUUUCCAAGUUCUUGGGAUAGGAUUUUCUGUUCUUUGGGCCUCUAUUUGUAGCCAUUUAAUAGGACCAGUUAACGGAAGUUGUGCCCAUUAUGUCUCCCUUAUGGACCAAAUGCUGGGGGAGCGCUCUCACACCUGGAUCCUAAAAAACACAGCAAAGAAUAAAAAUCACAUUCUGUAACGUAAAUGCAAAGCUUAGCACUUAUACACACACACACACAUAGCUCAUUUGCAGUUGUCUAUAAAAUUGGAAAAGUAAUGAAAUGGUAAUAAUUGAAUAAUGUGUUAAUAUUUGUUAGAACUUCAGUACAUGUAUUGUAUGGCCAGGGCUUAAUCUCAUGAACAGUAAUUGCACUGUACUAUACUAGAUAGAUUGAAAAGAAAGGUUGUUAAGUUUCAUUAUAUUAACCUUUCAUUAUGUGUGGCCUCUUCCUCUAACUACAGCUUUUUUAAUAGACCAGCUGUCUCUCCAAACCAAUCCUAAAAUGUUGGCAAUGGGUGCGAGAGGUCAGUGGGUCAGAUUUUGCUUUUCUACUUGGUCCUGUAUGACAUAUCAAAUGAUGUUUUUGACAAACUUGGUAAUGCAUUAAAAGAUAUUCAAUCACCAUGCUGGCUAACUAGAAAGACUUGAAUGUUGCAAUUUAAAAACAAAAAACAUGUUAGCAAAUCCCUUUUUGAAGCAAUGUUGAGAGCACAUAGAUAAUAAGGAAUUUUAGACAUUUGUUCAUUUAGUCAUCUUUGAAGUGAGGUUUCAUACUGGAGAUUCCUUUUUUGUUGCAGCUUCUCUGUGUAUUUUGUAUUUGGUGGGCUUUAGGGGCUCUGAGUGAUGGUUAAAUGGGGGUUGGAAUUGAAACUGGACAGUGGGGUUUAGUGUUCCCCUCACCUUGGAAUUGGUCAGAAGUCCUGCCUGUUUCGUUGCAUGUCAAAAUUGGCUCUGCUUUUAUGCUGAAAUGGUCCCUGUCCUCUCUUGGUUGCUUUCAAAUGAAUUACUACAAUGUAAUGGACAAAAAAA